AGCGUGGCAUGUCUCUGUACUGCACAGAAGAGCGCGGCCAGCCCCACUCGCCCGAUUACCGCCUCUUCUUCAAGAAUGUUGCUGGUCACUACAUUUCUCCCUUCCAUGAUAUUCCUCUGAAUGUGAACUCCAUGGAGGAAAAUGGCAUUCCUACAAAGAAAGCACGCAAUGAUGAACAUGAGAAUUUGUUUAAUAUGGUUGUAGAAGUGCCUCGAUGGACAAAUGCUAAAAUGGAGAUUGCCACCAAGGAGCCAUUGAAUCCCAUUAAACAAGACGUAAAGGAUGGCAAGCUGCGCUAUGUGGCCAAUAUCUUCCCUCACAAGGGUUAUAUAUGGAACUAUGGUGCCCUCCCUCAGAUUUUUGCUCGUGGAGAGGUUAUCCAUGUGAAGAUUCUUGGAAUUCUGGCUCUUAUUGAUGAAGAUGAAACAGAUUGGAAAUUAAUUGCUAUCAAUGUGAAUGAUCCUGAUGCCUCAAAGAUUCAUGAUAUUGAUGAUGUCAGGAAGUACAAACCAGGUUACUUGGAAGCCACACUUAAAUGGUUUAGACUUUAUAAAGUGCCAGAAGGAAAACCAGAAAACAAGUUCGCUUUUAAUGGGGAAUUCAAAAACAAGGCUUUUGCCCUUGAAGUUAUUAAAUCUACUCAUGAAUGUUGGAAAGCAUUGCUUAUGAAGAAAUGUGAUAGUGGGACGAUAAAUUGCACAAACAUGCAGGUGUGUGAUAGCCCUUUCCGUUGCACUGAAGAGGAAGCAAGAUCCUUAGUUGAACUGGUAUCGACUUCACUGAGUAAAGAAAGUAGCAAAGAAGAGCAAGUGUGGCACUUCCUUGACAAGUGAUUAAGACAUUUGAAAUUCUGCCAUCAAGACUCCAAUC